CACGCAAGCAGCCUUCUGGUUCUCAUCAUCAACGGAGCCAGAGACCUGUGAGGACACCUCUGCAGUAAAUCCUGACUGACUGCCUUCCUGAAGAACUGCACCAUCCACCCUCCAUUCCAUACACACCCGUCCAUCCACCCCCAAUAUACCCCUUUCUCCAUCCAUCCCUCCAUCUUACUCUCAACUUGAACUCCAGGUUAAUGCUUUUUUUUUCUCAUGAGAACUUCCAUUCUUACAGAAAAAAAUUAAGUACUUUAUUUUCACCUGUCUAAAAUACUCUCUUUCAUUUGUCUAAAUUGUAAGCAACAUGUAAGGAAGAUUUUAGUCUCAAAAUCUAUCCUCCCUCUUCACACUGGUCUAUUUAUCCACCUAAUCCCAUAUACAUGCCUCUAUUUAUUCGUACAUCUCCUGUAUGCCUAGCUACCUACGCCACAAUUCACUCAUGAUUUUUGCAGUUACAUAACUAAAUCUUUAGACACCAUAAUAUCACCUUAAUUAAGUCUGUCACCUAGAAUUUCCUUUCUUGAAUUACUUUAUUAAGCACUCUAACUCUAGUUUUCCAUACACACCUAUCCAAUCUCUCCCUAUCUACUCUCUUAUAUGUUCCUCUGUGUAGCUCUCCCCAUACAUGCCUCUGUAUCUAACCAAAUUAUAUUGAUUUAUUUUCAUACACACCCUUAUUCUCUCUGUCCCUAUAUACUCCCCUUGUCUAGCUGUUCUCAUACUUUCCCACCUUUUAUAUACACCAUAUUUGCUACCCUAUCUAGAGCCAUGAAGUUUUAUAGAAGCCCACCCCUCCCUUCCUUUUCCAGGUGCAGAUCUGCCUGUGGCUUGCAAGGAUCUGCCCCUAAACCCAGCACUAGCCCCCCUCUCCCCCCAAGGGCCUUGGGGCUGCAUCUUUCUGAAUACAGAGGGAUUUGAUUUGGUGGUGGUAUUUUUCCAGGGAGGAGAGACGCUCUCCCCAGCUGUGUGUGAGGAGUGUAAAGCUAGCGGAAAUCCAAGGCAUUUCCAUGCCCGGAUACUGCUUGCAAAAGCUUUUCCCACAAAAGGCGGGGAGGAAAGAUGUGGGGGAAGUCAAAGAGAUCUUGCAAAGAGGCAGAAAUGUCUAUCUGAUUUCUCUUCCUCUGGCCCUAGCUGCUAGUGGUGUGUGCAGCAGAUUGCUGGCGGCGGGUAGUUUUGCGUUGUGGGAAUUGUUCAGUGCAGGGGUCUAACAAUCCUGUGUAUUUUUUUCUUCCCUUUCUGGCUCUGGGAAUUGGUCAGUUUUGGAAGAGGAAAUCCACUAAAGGCAAAGACCCAGCCAGCGUGUGUGUGCAAUGCCUUAGUCCCCAGCUGUGUCUCUAGCAGAGUAAGGGCCCCUCUUUCCCAGCACAGCCAUGCCACCACGGCCAUCGUCUGGAGAGCUGUGGGGGCUGCAUCUCAUGCCUCCCCGGAUCAUGGUGGACUGCUGCCUGCCCAACGGCAUCUUGGUCACCCUGGAGUGUCUGCGCGAGGCUGCACUGCUGGGCAUCAAACACGAACUCUUCCGAGAGGCCCAGAAAUAUCCCCUCUCCCACCUGCUGCAGGAUGAAUCCUGCUACAUCUUUGUGGGGGUGACUCAGGAGGCAGAGCGGGAGGAGUUCUUCGAUGAGUCGCGGCGGCUCUGCGACUUGCGGCUCUUCCAACCCAUCCUGAAGGUGAUUGAGCCAGUGGGGAACCGGGAGGAGAAGAUCCUGAACCGGGAGAUUGGCUUUGCCAUCGGCAUGCCCGUCUGUGAGCUGGAGCUGGUGAAAGACCCCGAGGUGCAGGAUUUCCGCCGCUCCAUCCUGGCCGUCUGCCGUGAGGCUGUGGAGACACGGGAGGCUGGUGGGCCCCACAGCCAGGCCCUGUAUGUCUACCCCCCCAAUGUGGAGUCCAGCGCUGAACUGCCCAAGCAUGUCUACUGCAAGCUGGACUGCGGUGAGGAAAAUCCCAAACUGCUCAGACUGGGGUUUGUGUGCCAUGGGGCAGAGGGGAAAUGGGGUCUGGAUCCCACUCAGCUGGCACAAGGAGGGGCUCCGUCCUGGCUCAGCCCCGUGUCUCUGUGCGAUUGCUCGUUGUCUGUGCCUCAGUACAUCAGGAACUGCGUCGCCACUGGGCGCCUGCCCCACCUGAUGCUCAUGUCCAAGGAGAGUCUGUACAGCCAGCUGCCAGCCAAUGUCUUCGUGCUGCCCUCGUACGCCCGCCGGCCCGGCCCCUCCACCCAUGCCACCGGGGACCUGCCUGCCAAGUCCCUCUGGUCGGUCCCCAGUCUCCUACGCAUCUGCAUCGUUUGCGCCACCUACGUCAACGUCAACAUCCGCGACAUUGACAAGAUCUACGUGCGGACAGGAAUUUACCAUGGUGGGGAGCCCCUCUGUGACAACGUAAACACCCAGCGCGUUCUCUGCUCCAACCCCAGGUGGAAUGAAUGGCUUUCCUACGACAUAUACCUGGCUGACCUCCCCCGUGCUGCCCGGCUCUGCCUCUCCAUCUGCUGCGUCAAGGGCCGCAAGGGGACUAAAGAGGAGCACUGCCCCCUGGCCUGGGGGAACAUCAAUCUCUUUGAUUAUAAAGACACCUUGGUAGCCGGGAAGAUGGCGCUGAACCUGUGGCCAGUGCCCCACGGCCUGGAGGACUUGCUGAAUCCCAUUGGAGUGGGGGGCUCAAACCCCAAUAAGGAAACCCCCUGCCUUGAGCUGGAGUUCACCUGUUUCAGCCAUGCAGUGAAGUUCGCUGAUGCAGUGCAGAUUGAGGAGCAUGCUAACAGGAGCAUGUUGCGGGAGCUGGGCCUCAACUGCUGUCUGGUGGGCCUGAGUAAUCGCCUGGCCCGGGACAGCAGCCUGCUGGAUAGUGAACUGGAGCAGCUCCACAGCAUCUGCCACCGUGACCCCCUGUCGGAGAUCACUGAGCAGGAGAAAGAUUUCCUCUGGAGGCACCGACAUUACUGUGUGAACAUCCCAGACACCCUGCCCAAGCUGCUGCUGUCUGUCAAGUGGAAUUCACGGGAUGAAGUGGCUCAGAUGUACUGCCUGCUGCAGGAGUGGCCCCUCAUCAAGCCUGAGCUGUCCAUGGAGCUGCUGGAUUGUAACUUCCCCGACCCCCGGGUCCGGGAAUUCGCCCUCAAGUGCCUGGUUAAGGGGCUGACAGAUGACAAGCUGAGCCAAUACCUCAUCCAGCUGGUCCAGGUCCUGAAGUAUGAGCAGUACCUGGACAACCCACUGGCCCGAUUCCUGCUCCGAAAAGCUCUGACCAACCAGCGCAUCGGCCACUUCUACUUCUGGCACCUCAAGUCAGAGAUGCACAGCAGGACGGUGAGCCAGCGGUUCGGACUCAUGCUCGAGGCAUUCUGCCGGGGCUGUGGCAUGUACCUGAAACACCUCAACCGGCAGGUGGAGGCAAUGGAGAAACUUGUCAACCUGACAGACACGCUGAGGCAGGAGAAGAAGGAUGAGACCCAGAAGAUGCAGAUGAAGUUCUUGGUGGAGCAGAUGCGACGCCCGGAUUACAUGGAUGCACUCCAGGGCUUCGUCUGUCCCCUGAACCCCGUCCACCAGCUGGGGAACAUCCGGCUGGAUGAAUGUAGGAUCAUGUCGUCCGCCAAGCGGCCGCUCUGGCUAAACUGGGAGAAUCCAGACAUCAUGUCGGAGCUUCUCUUCACUAACCAUGAAAUCAUCUUCAAAAAUGGGGACGAUCUCCGGCAGGACAUGCUGACACUGCAGAUUAUCCGGAUCAUGGAGAACAUGUGGCAGAAUCAAGGACUGGACCUUCGGAUGCUGCCCUAUGGCUGCCUGUCCAUAGGGGACUGCGUGGGGCUGAUUGAAGUGGUGAGGAGCUCGCACACCAUCAUGCAGAUCCAGUGCAAGGGUGGCCUGAAGGGGGCGCUGCAGUUCAACAGCCAUGCGCUGCACCACUGGCUGCGGGAGAAGAACAAGGGGGACAGUUAUGACGCAGCCAUUGACCUGUUCACCCGCUCAUGUGCUGGGUACUGUGUGGCCACCUUUGUCCUGGGCAUCGGAGACCGACACAACAGCAACAUUAUGGUGAAGGACGACGGGCAGCUCUUCCACAUUGACUUCGGCCACUUCUUGGAUCACAAGAAGAAGAAAUUUGGCUACAAGCGUGAACGGGUCCCCUUCGUCCUCACCCAGGACUUCCUCCUCGUCAUCAGCAAAGGGGUGCAGGAGUGCACCAAAACCAAGGAGUUUGAGAGGUUCCAGGAGAUGUGCUACGCAGCCUACCUGGCCAUCCGGCAACACGCCAACCUGCUGAUCACCCUGUUCUCGCUGAUGCUGAGUUCAGGGCUGCCGGAGCUGCAGAGCUUUGACGACAUCGCCUACCUGCGCAAGACACUGGCGCUCGACACCUCAGAGCAGCAGGCCCUUGAGUACUUCACCAAGCAGAUGAACGAAGCACACCACGGCGGCUGGACCACCAAGAUGGACUGGAUCUUCCACACCAUCCGCCACAUGCCCCUCACUGAGGCAGGGCAUGACUGAGGGGCUGGGGCGCUGCCUGCUGAGGGGGCGUGGCUAUUGCACUAGGCCCUGCCCCUGGUGCCUGACCCCACCCCCUUUGUCUUGGGGUGUGUCUGAAACAGGGGUGGAGCCAUAUCUAUAAGCCCCGCCCCUUCUGGAGGGGAAUGGGCCUUGAGUGACAAUAGGGUAUGGCAACUGGUAUCCCUCCUCUUUGGGGGUGUGUCACAGGAACACAAGCUCCACCCUCCUUGCUCAGGCUUCCUUGCUCCUCCCACUGGUGAAGGACCCAGAGGGCCUGGGGUGGCAGGGGUGGGCUUAGAGAAGGAUUCCUUUCCCCUCAGAGAGUGUAGCCAAGCACCAAAGCUCCUCCUUGUGCCUUGUGCCCCUCCCAUUCUAGGUGUGGGCAGGUAAUGGAGGGGCUGGGGCCUUGAAGCUCCACCCUUUUCAUAGGAGGAAGUGAGGGGUAGGGGGUGAAAUGCAUUAGGCCCUCCCUCUUGGGGCAGCAGCCAGAGAGCCUUAAACACUCCUCAUGGGGGGGGGGUCUGCACUGAGGGGGCAGAGCCAGUACCAAAGCUCCUUCUCGUGGGUAGAAACCCCCCCCCCCAAUCACUGCUCUCUGUAGGGGAUGGUCCUAUCCCUUGUACCUCCAACCCCACUCAGAAAUUUGGGAUCAAUAAAGGGAGUUUGGUCACUGUUUUUGAGGGAGAAACACCUUGUAGCCCCCUAGUCAUCCCCUUCAAAAUCUUCCCAUGCACCUGAGCCCCUACCCUCGUCUAGACUUGAUUUCUGUCCCCCCAUCUGCCUGGCGGGGGGAGGCUGAAGAGGGUGGGGGAAGGGAGGGGCAGAUACUUGAAAUUUGUGCCUGGAUAAUAUAUUUUCCCAAAAUACAAUUUUAAAAGUAGCCCAAACUGGCUCUGAACUGCAGUGGGGAGGCUGGGCAGGGGGAGAAUACCUCUCUCGCCCCUCGACCAGCCUGGCCCAGUGAUCCCUGGGUAUGGGGUGCAGUUGGUGCCACAGAUGUGGGCAGUGGCACAUGGAACAAUGCCAGUGCCCCCCUAGAGGGGACAGGCCUCUUCCUCAUUCCCCAGCCCUU